AUGCGUGCACCUUUGUUAGCUCCAUCUUUAUUGCUCCUGGCCACCCAGUCGCAGCAGCAGAGCGUGUUUAAAGAAGCACUAAGAUGGUAUGAUAGAGGGCUAGGCUAUAUUCGGGGGACUUUAGCUUCGGCCACUAAUAUUCCGGGCUAUGAGAUUCUUUCGAUCAUGUCGGCGGCUAUACUGAUGUCCUUUUUUGAAACUAUUAAUUCAACGGUGGACAGUGGCUAUGAGCAGCACAUUUUCGGGGCAGUCACUCUCCUAGAAGCCAACGGACCAGAAACUUUUACCAGCCCAGAAUAUCAUGACAUUUUUCUCGCUGUUCGGGGACAUGCGAUUACAGUCUCUUUUAUGACCGGAAAUCCUACGUGUCUUUCCGAAGAAGAAUGGCUAACAAUCCCAUUCAUCGGUAUUAAAAAGUCCCCUUCAGAAGAGAUAAACGACGUUUUGCUCGCCAUCAUCAAGCUUCUAGCCCAAUUGCGUACAAGUACCGUAGUUGGGGUAGGCCAUAGUGAGCAAGUCAACAUGCAAGAGAAGGUUCUGCUGAAUCUUUGCUAUCUCAAAGCAGAACUGGACCGGAUUUGGAAUGAAAUAAAUCAUUGGGAAAUACAUAAUAUGGUAGAUGCCCCCAAUACUCUUGAAAGUCACUACACUUAUACCAAUGCGUCCGAGGCGAGAAUCGUGGCAAUGCAUGGCUAUGCAAGAUUGAUUAUUCUAUUACUUCUCGACAAAUUUCCUUCUCUUAUUCCAUCCUAUCCUGCUGAAAUCAUGAAUGAAAACUACAAAGAAUCACAGUUGACACAAGCCUCGGCUUCGAUUAUUUCUGCAGCAUCAUAUCUAUCGCAAUUUGACAUUGGAUGCGCGUAUCUUCGAAUGACACUUCCAGUACAGUUGGUCGCCCAGGGAAGCCCGAGUUCAGUUCAACGAAACCAUGCCAUCAAGAUCCUUCGGGAUUGGUUUGCAGAAAAGCCCCUUAAAGGUCUUGCUAAGAAGGCAUUACAAAAUAUAACCUAUGGUGAUCAUAAAUUGACCUUUCAAUAA